CUAAGAAAAAAAAACGAAAAAUAACUAAAUUGGCGUAUCGCUAAUAUUUUGAAAAAAAAAUUUUUCCAACAAAAUAUCAGUUUGUACAACCGAUAUUACGUUUAACAAAAGAAAAGAAAAAUGCCAGCAAGAAAUAGAAAGAAGGGCUCCGUCAAUGCACGUUUGGAUUUAGCGCGUAAGCAAAAUUCUACCUCAGCAAGAGUUGACUUCGACAGCAAAUCGGUGGGCAAAGAUAUUCUGGAAAAGGAUAAAAUUUCCCCAAUAGAAGUACUCGAAGCAGAAGAGACUACUUUAGAAGGAUGUAUUUGUAAUCGGGAACCAAAUACUUUUGUUUGCAUCUUUUGCAAAAUGUUUAGCUUUGGACGUAUCGUUGAGGCGUGUACCAUACAUCCGAACGUUACCUACUUAAUGGAUUUCACUUGCUGCCCGUAUUGUUCCGGACCGGCCGAACACCUUCAUAUUGUUAAUAUGGAAUAUCAACGUUAUUUCAAAACCUAAAUAACAAACAAUUGCUCGCAACAAUUGGGUAAUUAAGUAAUUGCGAGACUUCGGUCUUAAUAAACAUGGGCGACAAGUCUGCAGUUGGAGCAGAAAGUAAUCAAAUUACUUUAGAGCUUUAGCAGUUUUCGAUGUAAUUUUAAUAUUAUGAACUUUGUUUCUCUUAGUGUAUAGUUUCUUUUUUUUUAGUAUUACAUGCAUUGAAAUCCAAGUUGAUUUAAGAGAAAAUAUAUAUGAAAUAUUAUGAAUUGAUAAA